CCACGUUUACGCCCGAUUCUGUGCGUAAGAAGAUAGCCCUCUGUCAGGCCCCGUUUUCCGCGUUUUUUUUUUUUUUUUUUUUUUUUUUAAUUAUUUAUUUCCGUGUAAACUGCAGUCUUGAUAUAAAAACAUUGAUGGUGGAUAAUUUCGCCCCGCGCUGAGGGCCCCCGGGGAGAAUCGCGAGAGGAUUUCAGGAGCCAGCUCAGAUCUCGGUAUCCAUCCAGCGACAUGGCUCGACCACGGCCGCGGGAGUACAAGGCAGGAGAGCUGGUUUUCGCUAAGAUGAAGGGAUACCCGCACUGGCCGGCCAGGAUCGAUGAGCUUCCUGAAGGAGCCGUCAAACCACCUGCCAACAAGUACCCCAUCUUCUUCUUUGGAACCCACGAAACUGCUUUCUUGGGUCCAAAGGAUCUUCUGCCCUACAAGGAGUAUAAAGACAAAUUUGGCAAGUCGAACAAGAGGAAAGGUUUCAACGAGGGCCUGUGGGAGAUCGAGAACAACCCGGGAGUCAAGUUCACCGGCUACCAGACGAUCCAGCAGCAGAGCUCUUCAGAAACAGAAGAGAGGGGCAACGCCGCCGACGGCAGCAGCGAGGGUGAGGAGGGCGACUCCAUCGAGGAGGAAGACGACAAGGACAAGCUGAAGGAAGACAAGACCGGGUCCAAACGGAAAAAGACGGCCAGCUCCAAGAAAUCCUCCAAGCUGUCGAGGAUCUCGUCCGGGGAGGACGACCUGGAGAAGGACGGGAAGGACGAGGACCAGAAGAGCGGCUCGGACGGCGGAGACGCCGACAACGACAUCAUCCAGAACACAGCCGACAGUAAGAACCAGCUGCUCAUAGAGGAACAUUAAAA